UCCUGGGCGCGCCCCCGGAAGGCGCGCACCCCGAGGCGGCGCGGAUCGCUGGGAACCGGUCCGCCAGCUGAAACAGAUCCGGGGUGCGCGUGUGGAGAGAGCCCACAGGACUCGCGGGGAGACCGUCGCGAUGAACACGGUGCUGUCGCGGGCGAACUCAUUGUUCGCCUUCUCGCUCAGCGUGAUGGCGGCGCUCACCUUCGGCUGCUUCAUCACCACUGCCUUCAAAGACAGGAGUGUCCCGGUGCGACUGCACGUCUCCCGGAUCAUGUUAAAAAACGUAGAAGAUUUCACUGGGCCUAGAGAAAGAAGUGAUCUGGGAUUCAUUACAUUUGAUGUAACAGCUGAUCUAGAGAAUAUAUUUGAUUGGAAUGUCAAGCAGUUGUUUCUUUAUUUAUCAGCAGAAUAUUCCACAAAAAAUAACGCCCUGAACCAAGUUGUCCUAUGGGACAAGAUUGUUCUGAGAGGCGAUAAUCCAAAACUGCUAUUGAAAGAUAUGAAAACAAAGUAUUUUUUCUUUGAUGAUGGAAAUGGUCUCAAGGGAAACAGGAAUGUUACUUUAACUCUAUCUUGGAACGUAGUACCAAAUGCUGGAAUUCUACCUCUUGUGACAGGAUCAGGACAUGUAUCUGUCCCAUUUCCAGAUACAUAUGAAAUAACGAAGAGCUAUUAAAUUAUUCUGAAUUUUAAACAACAUAUUUUUAUACUUAAUGAAUGAUAUCAUUUAUCUCUUCCCUUGCAUCUUCAUUUGUUUUUGGUUCUUAUUUGGUUCUGGUGUUAUGUGUAAACUAAUAUAAAAAGGCAUAUUCGAAGAGAAAGGUUAAUGUGUAAAAAUUUUUAAAUUAAAAAAAAAAGAUGGCCACCAAUGUGGAACAUUACAAGAAUAUAAAUAUGAAAUAAGAUUGGUAAAGCAUUCUUCUUUGAAAUAUUCCCUGUAUUUCCAUCAUACCUUAUGGAAUAUAGAGUGAGCAUGAAGGGUAAUUAAAACUUUGAGGUGCCUGUGGAGUCAUUAAGAACUAUUUUAUGCCUUGCCUCCAUGCAAGUACACAUUGACUAUGACUUAGACAUCAUCUUCUUUAGGCUUUGUCUGAGAACUGGAAAAUUCAGUAUGUUUAUUUGUCAGAAACUUGGUUUACAAAAUAACCAAAAGAGAUGGGAUUUUAUUCCAUUUGUCUUAGGAAUGCCCAUAAUUGUAUUUUUCUUUCAGGUGACUAGCAACUUUUCUCCAUUUAAAUACUAAAAUACCUCUAUAUGCUGUAAUUCAUUCUAACUUGUUUUAAAGUCUCUUAAGUCAACCUAAUGUGUGUCUUUCAGUGCUUUCUUUAAACUUACUUCUUUGUAUUAGAUCUUUGUGUAAUUUUGUUUAGCCUUGUCAUUGAAAGUUGAAAAUGUUUGCAUGGGUUUACAUUCCUAAUUAAGUUAGUUUUGUUGCGCAUGCCCUUGUGUCACUGAGUGGCAGUUACUUAAUAUUUUCUAUAGGCCCACAUUUUAGUGAUUAUUGGGGUGAUGAUAUGUAUUUGUAGAUAAGUUUUUCCAGUUUCAAGCACUGUCACCUACUUUAUUAUACACUAUCCUCAAUCUAAUGAGGUAAGUAGUGCAAAUGUUAGCUCUUUGCAGAUGAAGAAUCUGAAACCCAGUAGUUUUUAAUUGCUUCAAGGUUAGAAAGCUAGCAAGGAGUGAAGUGAAAACUUGAAAUCAGAUCUGAUUCUCUAAGCUUAUCCUUUCAUCUAUACCUCAGAUUAUUGACUAAUCAGAAUUCAUUUAAUUUUUCACUAUUUUUUUUUAUUACUCUGGGCACCCUUUCUAUCAUUCCUAGAAGAGGUUUCCCAUCCUGUAGGGAAGUAACCAAAUUUCAAGCUGCCAACAACUUAUACAGAGGUAAUAUUUCAGUCUUGGGAUACAUUUUAAUAUGUCAAGACCACAAGAAUCCAAUUGUUUAUGAAAAUAAUCUAGAAAUUAAAUGUGGAACACAUGAUUGAAUUUAUGACCAUAUUAACAUGAUUCUUUCCUACAGUGGACAGAAAACAUCCUCAAAGGAAACAACCACAAGUCAAUUACCCUUAUAAGCAAGACCAAACACUGUCAGCAGUAAGCACAAAGGGCUAAUAUUUUCUAAGUGUAGUUUAAAUCAAUAGCUAACAUUUGUUGUAUUUACCUCAUGAAAUACAUCAUCAUUUAAUUGCAUUCAUCUUAGUAGCUAUUUUAAGUAAUUAAGUACACUUGUGUUACAAGCACCUAUACAUGACAUUCAAAGCGACAGAAAGGUCAGGCAUAGCAUCAUGGAUACUCGACUAAGUUUGACUCUUAGCUUUCUCCUUGAAUUUUUUAGGGUCUUGGGUUUCAUUACCUGUAAAAUAAGCUGGAUCAGUUACCUUGAUGUAUCUUUGAGUCCACACAAGUCUAUAAAAUUGGUUGUCUGUUCAAAUUGAACAGAAAAGCACCUUUGUAAUGUGAAGACAGGAAGAUGAUUAAAAGACAUCAUUCAUACUGA